AUGGCUAGCAAAAGAAAAUCCACAACUCCUUGCAUGAUACCGGUAAAAACAAUGGUGCUGCAGGAGAUGGAAUCAGAUGCUGUGGAAGAUGAUCAUGAAGGAACUCAACAGCACAUGCCUCCUGAACCACCGGCAGCUGGUGAGGCUGUUAUUAACAAUAGCAGCAAUAAUGCAACAUUGUCUAAUGGGCAUCGCAGUAUUAUGGACGGUGAUACUUACUUGUGUAAGUAUUGUGAUUUUGGAUCUCAAGAUGUUAAUCAUUUCUUUGGACACAUGGAUUCUGAGCACUUAGACUUCAGCAAAGACCCCUCGUUUGUAUGUGUUGAGUGCAGUUUUCUGGCACAAAGCCACAAAGGGCUUUUGCAUCACAAUGCGGAGUGCCACGGUGGUGAAACUAGCUUCCUCUGGAAUGUGGCUAAGCAGGAUAAUCAUACGACAGUGGAGCAAAGUAUCUCGGAUGCCACCAGCAACCAAGACCUUUCAGGAGAAUUCUGUGAGGAGGGGGUAGAUGGUCAAGCUGAAAUCAUCAUCACCAAAACUCCCAUUAUGAAGAUAAUGAAAGGUAAGCCUGAGGCCAAAAAAAUUCACAUGCUAAAGGAGAAUGUAUCAAAUCAGCCAGGCAAUGAUUUGGCGAUGAAAGAUGGUGACCAUUCAUUCACCAAUGGGUCUUUGCCAGCCAGCCAGUCAACGGCCAGCUCAGCAAAAUCAUCUCACAUAGUUAAUGGCUCCAUAUUGGGAAACGUGCCUGUUUUGCAGGCAGGCGUUGCACAACUUGUGUCAUUGCAGCAGCAGCAGCCGCAGCUGCACCAGGACCUACCCACGUCCAAAUCCCUUCCUAAAGUGAUGAUUCCUCUGAGCAGCAUUCCCACGUACAAUGCAACCAUGGACUCCAACAGUUUCCUGAAAAACUCCUUCCAUAAGUUUCCCUACCCUACAAAAGCUGAGCUUUGCUAUUUGACUGUCGUGACCAAGUACCCAGAAGAGCAGCUUAAGAUCUGGUUUACUGCCCAGAGGUUGAAACAAGGCAUUAGCUGGUCCCCAGAGGAGAUAGAAGAUGCACGGAAAAAAAUGUUCAACACGGUUAUUCAGUCUGUACCGCAGCCCACUAUCACAGUUUUAAAUACACCUCUAGUCGCAAAUGCCAGCAAUGUCCAGCAUCUCAUUCAGGCAACUCUACCUGGUCACAUGGUCGGGCAACCAGAAGGAACGGGAGGGUUACUCGUUACACAACCAAUAAUGACAAAUGGAUUAAAAGGAAGCAGCUCGUCUCUCACGUUAGCAGUGACAUCUAUUCCCAAGCUCCAACCCAUUACGCAACACAACAAUGCGUGUUCGAGCAGCGCAUCAGCUGUGAAGGUGGUCAACACAGCUCAGUCUCUGCUGACUGCAUGCCCAAGCAUAUCUUCACAAGCUUUCAUGGAUCCCAGCAUCUACAAAAAUAAGAAGUCCCAUGCGCAGCUGUCUGCACUGAAAGGCAGCUUCUGCAGGAAUCAGUUCCCUGGCCACGCUGAAGUUGAGCGUCUGACCAAAAUUACAGGCCUUACAACUAGGGAGGUUCGAAAGUGGUUUAGUGAUAGGAGAUAUCAUUUCAGGAAUAUGAAAGGCAGUAGAGCCAUGUUUGCUGGAGAUAAUACAAUAAUUAUUGACUCCAUGCCUGACAUUACCUUCACUGUGUCACCAAAAGAGAUUGACUUAACCUCUACGACAGCAGCGAUGCCUGUGGCUCAUCACCAAACAAGGCGACAGUCCUGGCAUCAAACGCCCGACUUCACCCCAACGAAAUACAAAGAGAGAGCACCAGACCAGCUCAAGGCUUUGGAAGGCAGUUUUGCACAAAACCCUUUUCCUCCAGAGGAAGAAGUGGACCGUUUGAGGAGUGAAACAAAAAUGACCAGGAGAGAAAUUGAUAGCUGGUUUUCAGAGAGGAGGAAAAAAAGGGUGAUGGAGGAAAAUAAAAAAGCAGAAGAAAUGGUCCAGCAAGAGGAGGAGGAUGCUGACAAUAAUUGUGGAGAAGAGGAAGACUCCUCAGAUGAACUGAGGGUCUCAAGUGAAAAUGGUUCAUUAGACACCCCAAGCAGCAAUCAAACUUCACUGGAGCGGAAAGUUAGUCCUAUUAAAAUCAAUCUGAAGAAGCUUAGAGUGACUGAGUCAAAUGGCAAAAAUGAAUUGCCAGAGGUAGGUGCAAAUGAUCAAGGGGACAACUGUUCUAGCAGGCCACCUACCCCCGCAAAAACCAAACUGAACUUUAAAAAAACAGCCCAACAGCGGCAUUUGCUUAAACAAAUGUUCGUAAAGACACAGCGACCAACAAAUCAAGAAUACGACGUCAUAGUUGCUCAGACAGGCCUGCCCCGGGCUGAGAUAAUUCGCUGGUUUGGGGAUAGCCGGUACGGUUUGAAAAAUGGCCAGCUGAAAUGGUAUGAGAACUACAGGCGGGGUAUCUUCCCUCCAGGUUUAGCGGUGAUCAGCCCAGCUAGCAAAGAGAUCCUAGAGGACUAUUACAAAAAGCACAAGAUGCUGUAUGAAGAUGACCUUCAGAGCUUGUGUGAGAGAACUCAACUGAAUUCACAGCAGGUUAGGGUGUGGUUUGCUGUAAAGGCGGACGAAGAAACCCGGGCCGUGUCUGACACGGGAAGCGAAGAUCGAUACUCGGGCACGGGCGAACAAGCAGGAAGCCAAAAAGGGACAUGCGAUGCCAGUUCGGAGGUAUCUGAGAAUAGCGAAUCUUGGGAGCCCAGUGGCCAGGAAGGCCACACGGAACCCUUUGAUACAUUUAGCCAGCAACCUGCAGUUCAGCUUGAAACAGAUUGA